GGAAAACUUGUCGUCACGUGAAUGAUGUAGUAAAGCGGCGUGCAAUGUAGCUAGCGGGUGGAUGACGUUCUCUGUUAUGCCAGCGGCGUGAAGCACGAGGAAUUACUACAAUGUCUGAGCCGUAACAUUAUAAAACUUUUUAUGGAAAAAUUUUCCAAAUAUUCCGAUGGCCUUCGAAAGACUAACACGUUGUUUUCUUCUUCUACUUUUCCUCGGCGGAUUAAUUCUCGUUGUAAAUCUCUUUAAUAUGCAAACUAUACCACUUCAAAUGAGCAAAAAUUUCUUUAAAGGAAUUUUAUAUUCUGAUGAAGACAUAAUUAUUCAAAUAAAAAAAAACCAAGCUAUUUUGGAUCCGGUAUUGAAGACGACGACGACUCCUCAACCUAAUAUUACUUUUUCUAUUAGCAACGUAAACAACGAAAGUAAAGAAACACGUGGAAAAUAUAUUGUUCUAUCCAAUUAUAUACGUGCUAUUAAUCGUCCUUCCUAUAGUUCUACUGUUACUCUAUGCACUCAAGGUACAUACGACUUUUUGAUUCACGUAGCCAUGCUGUGUUCUCGUUGGCAAGCUCCAGUUUCCGUAGCAGUAUACGCACCCGGCGAAGACUUCGUUUCGGCUCAUCUCACUAUAGCCUAUUUAUGGCAGUGUGGCCCUCCUUGCAUCGCCCAAAAUGUCACAUGGCAUAUGAUUUACGAUGCUGAUUUCCCGCCAACAAAUCAAUCCGUGAAACCAAUAAACUGUUCCGAUUCGUUAAACCUAACCUCGAGCUUUAAAAAUGAUAAAAAGCUUUUAUAUCCCAUCAACGUAGCUAGAAAUGUAGCCAGACUAAAAGCAGAAACUCAUUAUGUCUUCCCUUCUGAUAUAGAAUUAUACCCGAGUAUCGGGAUAGUGCCUCGAUUUUUGAAUAUGAUUAAAACUUUGAACGAAUCUGACUCGUUGCAUGUAUAUGCCAUUCCAGUUUUCGAAAUAAAGAAAAAUUCACAAUUGCCAAAUGUCAAAUCGGAACUAGUACGAAUGAUGUCGAAAGGUGAAGCUGUGUUUUUUCAUAAGUAUAUUUGUGACGCUUGCCAAAGAUUCCCUAAAAGAGAUUAUUGGUUAAAGGACUUGCCACCGAAUGAUACGUUAGAUGUAUUUUUCGUAACGAAACGAAAUUCGUCUCUGUCAUCGUGGGAACCGAUAUACAUCUGUACUAAUCGUGAACCACUAUAUGACGAAAGAUUAUCUUGGGAAGGAAAGAAAGACAAAAUGUCACAAAUGUACGAGUUGUGCCUGAUGGGUUACGAUGUGUUUAUAUUAAACAAUGCCUUUUUGGUUCACGCACCCGGUAUUAAAAUGGGAGCUUCGGUCAGAACGGAUCAUAAACGAAGAAUAAAAUACGUAAAGGAAAACAAUAAAAUCCACGAAACUAUAUUGAAUACUUUAAGAAAGAAAUACGAAAAUCGAUAUCAUUGUUAACGUUUGCACUCAAUUAUUAAUAACAAUGGAAAAUUAGGAAUUUCAGUAAUUUAUUAUCCAAAAACAUCACGAAACUUCGACUAAGAUGUCUUCUGUCCUCUUGUAUAUAUUAACUUUUAUAUUAAAGACUCCAUUUUUAUGUUUUAUCUGAUACAAUUGAGAAAAGUUUGGAAGAAUUUACUCUACCGUCGUAUUUAUAUAUUUAUUAUAUUUACUGUAUAAAAGGAUUGUUCGCGUAAAAUUGUUCGAAAUGAAACAAAACUAGUGUUUUUAUUAGAGUAUAUUUUAUUUUAAGAUAAAGUUUUGUUAGAAAUCGACUUAGCAAUUGAUUUAUGAUAAUUAUGUUUUAAUUUAUUAAGUUAAGAAUCAGUUGUUAAGUUGAUUUGAUUUCGUGUUAAAAUGUUUUAUUGUACAUAAAAAACAUUUUAAUGUUUAUGAGAAUAAAUUAAAAAUUGAGCAUGAAAACAUUUUAGUAAUUUGUAUUAUCUAAUUAAUUUGCAACAAUUUUUAGUGUUCUUUACAUGCGCGACAGUGUUUUAGUGGUUUUUUUUUUUUUUGCA